UUCACCACAGGACUGUGUGCCCCAGAACACUUCGCGCGUGGUCCUAACUAGCCGGCACUGAGACGACAGCCCCAGGCAGUUUAGUUUCUUACCAAGCCAAGACCGGUUUGCCCGCAGCUGACCAGGUCCGCGCCGCCGCAGAGACUCUUGGGAAGUGUGGUCUUCCGGUGCUUGCGGUUCGCUGCACCCGGCACUUUUGUCCCGCACGCGGAGGAUUCUAGAAAAUGUGGCUUGGCCUUAGGCGGUGCACUGGGUCAGUCUCGCGAUAGCCUCAGGCCUGGCGGGGACUCCCAGGCUGAGGAACGAUUCUGGGCAGUGUCGUUCCCGGAGGUCGGCGGCCGUUGCCCGCUCACCAGCUACGCGGUGCGUCCUGUCCGCAGAGAUGCGGGCUCGGGGCGCCUGCGGGGACCGUGAGGCCCCGUUGAGGACUCCGGCCAGUGCGAGUCCCGAGGGCGGCGGUGGGGCUCAGGCCCUGGGUCUGCCUCGUGGUGUGACCCUGGCCGGAGCCUUGGCUUUUCCUGGCCUUCGUGUCGUGCUGUGUAAACGCGAGGUGAUGACGGCAUCGACCUCUUGGCGCUGUUGUGAGAGCGAAGUGGGCGCCUGAGCAGACGCCAGCCACAGUUGUCUUUGGGUUAUGUCGUCAUGAAGUCGGUGCUUUGCAGUUGUGUAACCUUGAACAAAUGGGUUCAGUAUCUUGGAAUUUUCAGUUUCGUCAUCGUUUAAAAAGAGAUCUGGAAUAAUGUGAAUGCCCACCGUGCAUUGGUCAAGAUUGAACGAGCUGAUAAAGUUAUUACUGUUAUUUUAUGAGUCUUUUAUGUGCAGAAUAAUUGAUUUUCCUCUCAGGUGGCACCUGGUAAGCGGUUAGCCCUUGCGGAGAAACACUCAGUGCCCAGGGAGAGAUUGGCGCCCCAGAGAGUGAUUACCAGUGUACCUUUCCAUUAUGGUGUGUCACAGGUGCCGCAACAUAAGCCUGAUUUUUCAUAACUGCUUUUUCCUGCCCUUCUGUGCCCUCAGGACACUGCCCAGCUCUAAGAUAAGAGCCUGGAAAGAGGACUCUGUUGGCUAUUGGAAAUUGCCGAGUAAUGUCGCAAGUGACAUUUAGUGAUGUGGCUAUAGACUUCUCUCAUGAAGAGUGGGGAUGACUCCAUUCUGCUCAGAGGGACUUAUACAAGGAUGUGAUGGUCCAGAAUUACAAGAACCUGGUCUCUGUAAGUAAGGAUAUUACCCCAUCCACUCCAAUAGGGGCUCUUUUGCCACGUCUUUCCGUAACUAAGCCAUAUGUGAUCACAUUGUUGGAGGAUGGGAGAGAGCCCUGGAUGGUGGAGAAAAAACUGUCUUUUGGUAUGAUUCCAGGAUGUAUUUCAGAUUGGGAAUCAAGAUGGGAAAACAAGGAAUUAUCAACAAAGAAGGAUAUUUAUGAGGAAGAUUCACUCCAAACAGUAACAGUAGAAAAUGUUUUAAAACAAAAUUAUGAAUUUUCAAAUUCUAAUAAGAAUUUGCAAUAUAUAGAGAAGUUGGAAGGGAAGCAUGAAAUUUAUGUAGAAUAUUUCAGACCAGCAACUCUCACCUCUAGAGAAGGCCCCACUGGGGACAGUUAUAAAUAUGACACAUUUAGAAACACCUUUCAUUCAAAGUCUACUCUUUCUGAACCACAAAAAAAUUUUGCUGAAGGAAAUUCACACAAAUAUGAUAUAUUAAAGAAGAAUUUACCCAAAAAGUCAGUUAUAAAAAAUGAGAGACUCAAUGGUGGAAAGAAACUUUUGAAUUCUAAUGAAAGUGGAGCAGCCUUUAACCAGAGCAAAUCUCCUCACCAGACUUGUAAUAGAGAGAAAAUCUAUACAUGCAGUGAAUGUGGGAAAGCCUUUGGCAAACAGUCAAUCCUCAAUCGCCACUGGAAAAUUCAUACAGGAGAGAAGCCCUAUGAAUGUCGUGAAUGUGGGAGGACUUUUAGCCGUGGCUCAUCCCUUAAACGACAUCAGAUAAAUCAUAGUGGAGAGAAGCCUUACAAAUGCAUUGAAUGUGGGAAGGCCUUUAGCCAUGGCUCAUCACUUACUAACCAUCAGAGCACUCACACUGGAGAGAAACCAUAUGAAUGUAUGAACUGUGGAAAGUCUUUUAGUCAUGUGUCCCUUCUUGUUCAACAUCUAAAAAUUCAUAUGCAAGAAAAAAAAAUCACAUUAUUGAAACCCUACGAAUGCAGUAUAUGUGGGAAAGCCUUCAGUCAUAGGUCAUCCCUGCUUCAACAUCACAGAAUUCAUACUGGAGAGAAAACUUACGAAUGUAUUAAAUGUGGGAAGACCUUCAGCUGUAGUUCAAACCUUACUGUACAUCAGAGAAUUCACAUUGGAGAAAAGCCAUAUAAAUGUAAUGAGUGUGGGAAAGCUUUUAGCAAAGGCUGAAAUCUUACUGCCCAUCAAAGUACAUAAUGGAGAGAAACCCAGUAGUGUGGUAAGUGUGGAAAAGCCUCUAGACCAUAUGAAUCACUGUACAUGUGAGAAACCUUACACAAGAGAAUGUGUAUGAAGCAGUGUUUAGCAUGGUAAACUUCGUUCAUAGAUACUCACUUAACAUCAGAAAAAUUUAUACUAGGGAAAAGUCUUAUGAAUGUAGGGAAUAUGGGAAGACUUUCAGCAAUGAUGUAGACGUUUUUAUUUAUCAGAGUUUUUACUGUAGAGAAAUCACAUGAAGACCAUAAAUGUGGGAAAGCCUUUGUCAGUAUUAAUCCCUUAAUUGACAUAAGUAUACUCGUACUAGGAUAAAACCCUGUACAUGUAGCAAAUAUGGGAAAGACUAAAGGCAAUAAGAAUCUCCAACAAACUCCUACAGGAGAGACACUGUAUGAAUGUAGAAAAUUUAAAAAUUGAGGGAAGACUUCAGUUCCAAGUGCAUCACUUAUUUUACAAAGAACUCAAACUGGAGAGAAAUCUCAUUUAAGAGAUGUAGCAAAGUGUUCACUAGGAGUGUUUAUCUUGCUACCCAUCAGAAGAUUAAUGGUAGAACAACCUGAAAGAUUUAGGAAUCAUGUGUAAAUCUUUGCAGUGAUGCUAUUUGUAAACAGGAUUCUACAGGAGAGCAAAUAAACAUAAUUACGCAUUUCUUAGAGCAGUAGCUUGUAGUUUUAAGUUCUACUUAAAAAUUAUUUUUAACUAGUGUGCAUGUGAAGAUAUUUAGUCACCCAAAGGAGCCAGUAAAUGUUAUAAUGUUAAAAAUUAAAGCUGCAAAAGAAAUAUAACGGUGUGAAUAAAGGUUUUGGUAUCUAAUAAAAUCAUUUUGUAUAUCAUGAACUCUUUCUCUGUGACUAUUACUGGCAAAAAACCUUCACUAAGAUUAGCCUUAGUAUAGCCUUUAGUGGGAGACAAGCAAACCUAGAGAAAAAUGCCUGCUCUUUAUACUAAGAAUAGCAGUAUUUUGGUGAGGAUUAUUCAGAGUCCAUUUCCGUGGGCUUAAUACAUUUCAAGAAAAUGUACUGAGCAUCACUCAUGUAUAUUACACAGCAAUGGGAUAUAGGAAUCUGGUCAUUCUGAGCUUUAGUGGUAUGUCAGAAUCGUUAGGAGGGCUUGUUAAAGCACAGACUGCUAAGUCUCAAUUCUAGUUUCUGUAUGAGUUGAUUUGAAUUUGCAUUUUUCACACGUUCUUAGGUGACACUAACACUGUUUUGUCCAGAAAGCACGUUUUGAUAACCAUUGUAAUAAUUAACAAAUGUGGUCUUUUUCUCACAGAGACAUUAUCUGACAAGAGAAAUGGAUAGCAAAUAAACCUGAAAUAAUCAUUUACAAGUGCUAUGAGAACAUAACCAAGAAACAACAUACUAUAAGAGAUCGGAGCAGGCUUAGUGAGAUGUGAUUUUUUGAAAUGAAUCCUAAAUGAUGAACACUAAUUAUGUAAUGAGUACUACUCAUGUAGCUGUGUGCAUCCCUGCAUGUGCCUGUGCGUGUGUGUAUGUGGUGUGCUGCGUGUUAUUCUAGGUAAAGCAGUCGAGUUCUAUCAUGCAGCUGAACUGGAUUCCAUGUUCCCAUGUCUAGUUUCAGAUUCUGUGACUUUGAGGUAGCACUGUUGGCAGCAUCAUUGGUUUCAGCAACUGUCAUUUCUCCAUCUCUGGGUCAUCAUUAUGGGAGUUUACCUUGAAAUCACUAGUCCAGAAGUGUCCUCAUUGCCUUUACAGCCCACCUACCAAUUUCAAAAGCACUAAUUUACUGCAAUAUAUGUCUUGAAAUAGUUAAGAGAGUUUUUGUUCUCUGCACUGAACCUUGACAGAUAAUUAUGGUUUGUAAGGAGGGAGGAUGGCUUCAAAUAUUCUAAGUUCUAGAUAAGAAAUGGAACAGUCUCACUGGCCCUGUGAUUAGAAUCCUAUCUUGUGAUGAGAAAGGUAAUGCAGAUCAAUUUGAUUUGGAGUGUAUGGACACUGAUGCAAGUGAAGGGCUGUGAUAUGGAUUAUGCUUCAGAUUUUGUUCACUAUGGCAGGUGAGAAUCAUAAGAUAUGUUAUUAUUUUAAAAAGGAACAUUAUGUUAUACAUACAAGAAUUCUGGUGUGAAAUGAGUGGUAAGGUUUCUGACUGUCAACAAAAUGUAUCUCUUCUGAUACAUGUACUACCUUAACUGAAAGCUAAAAGCAUAGAGGCAUAUUCCAAUAGCACUUUGGAAUAGAGACAGUAGGUUUGGAAUGGGGUGGUAAAUUUUUACUAUUCUGCAGGGAUUUUAUCUUUCAUUUGAUUUAAUUUUAAUAAUGAAAUUCAUAUUGAAAUUCUAUGAAACAUUGCGAGAUCUUAGA